GGGAUGGUCAUCAGCCUCAGCCACACACAAUCCCUGCCUCCUCCUUACAGGAUGAACUGACCUAUGAUGAUGUGCAUGUGAACUUCACUCGAGAAGAAUGGGCUUUGCUGAAUCCUACACAGAGGAAUCUCUACAAAGAUGUGAUGUUGGAGAUCUACAGGAACCUCAAAGCUGUAGGCUACAAUUGGGAUGACCACAACACUGAAGAACAUUGUCAAAGUUCCAGAAGACAUGGAAGGCAUGAAAGAAGUCAUACUGGAGAAAAACCCUCUGAAAAUACUCAAUGUGGUAAAGCCUUUGGAUGUCACAGUCAUCCCCAAAAGUAUGAAAGAAAUCAUACUGGAGAGAAAUCCUAUGAUGGUAUUCAGUAUGGUGAAGCCUUUGUACAUCACAGUAGUCUCCAUAUGCAUAAAAGAAUACAUACUGGAAAGAAACCCUACAAAUGCAAUCAAUGUGGUAAAGCCUUUGCACAAACCAGAACUCUCCAAAUACAUAAAAGAACACAUACUGGAGAGAAACCCUAUGAAUGUGAUCAGUGUGGUAAAGCCUUUGCACAUCAUUGUCAUUUCCGAGUACAUAAAAGAAUACAUACUGGAGAGAAACCUUAUAAAUGUGAUCAAUGUGGUAAAGCCUUUGUAAGUCAGAAUGAACUUAAAAGACAUAAAAGAGUUCAUACUGGAGAGAAACCUUACAAAUGUAAUGAAUGUGGUAAAGUCUUUGUAUGUAACGCUAGUCUCCAAGCACAUAAAGUAACUCAUAGUGGAGUGAAACCUUAUGAAUGUAAGCAAUAUAGUAAAUCUUUUGCCUCUCAUGGUCAACUUCAGAAUCAUGAAAGAAUUCAUACUGGACAGAAACCUUACAAAUGUAAUGAAUGUGGAAAAGCCUUUUCAGAACACAAUACUCUCAGAAGGCAUAAAAGAACCCAUACUGGAGAGAAACCCUAUGAAUGUAAGCAGUGUAGUAAAUCCUUAGCCUCUUGUGGUCAACUUCGAACACAUGAAAGAAUUCAUACUGGACAGAAACCUUAUAAAUGUAAUCAAUGUGGUAAAGCCUUUGCAGAUCAUGGUAAACUUUGAGAUCAUGAAAGAGUUCAUACUGGAGAGAAACCUUACAAAUGUAAUGAAUAUGGUAAAGUCUUUGGACAACAGGGUCAUCUUAGACUUCAUAAAAGAAUACAUACUGGAGAGAAACCUUACAAAUGUGAUCAAUGUGGUAAAGCCUUUCCAUAUAGUAGUACUCUCCAAGUACAUAAAAGAACACAUACUGGAGAGAAGCCCUAUGAGUGUGAUCAAUGUGGCAAAGCCUUUGCAAAUCAAAGUCAUUUACAUGUACAUAAAAGAAUACAUAGUGGAGAGAAACCCUAUGAAUGUAAGCAAUGUAGUAAAUCCUUUGUUUCUAAUGGUCAACUUCAAAGUCAUCAAAGAAUUCAUACUGGAGAGAAACCUUACAAAUGUAAUGAAUGUGGUAAAGCCUUUGCAUGCCAUCGUAAUCUUCAAAAGCAUAAAAGAAUACAUAUUGGAGAGAAACCUUACAAAUGUAGAAAAUAUGGCAAAGUCUAUUCACAAUCAAGUCACCUCCAACUACACGAAAGAACACAUACUAAAGAGUAA